AUGCAUGGCCCAGCUCUGACGGGACCAGGCCUCCAGAGGACAGUAUCUAUCUGCGUAAACUCUACAACCAAACAUUUGGACAACCUCCACGAGGUCACCGGCCCGUCUGGUCAUGUGGACGCUCUCAAUCUGCUCAGGGCCAUCGUGGUCGACAUCUCCAACAAGCUUUUCCUCGGGGUUCCUCUGAAUGAAAAACAGCUGCUACUGAAAAUCCAUAACUACUUUGACACCUGGCAGACUGUCCUGAUUAAACCUGAUAUCUUUUUCAAGAUUGGAUGGCUUUACAACAAGCACAAGAAGUCAGCACAAGAGCUGCAAGAUGUCAUGCAGAGUCUACUUGAGAUGAAAAAGAAAAUGAUAAAUGAAUCGGAAAAGUUGGAUGAUGACCUUGACUUUGCCACAGAGCUUCUUUUUGCUCAGAACCACGGGGAGCUGUCACCAGACAACGUCCGGCAGUGUGUGCUGGAGAUGGUGAUCGCAGCCCCGGACACUCUCUCCAUCACCCUCUUCUUCAUGCUCAUGCUGCUCAAGCAGAACCCUGGAGUCGAGAGCAGCAUCGUAGAGGAGAUGAAAGAAGUUUUAGGUGAAGAUGGUGCUGAAAAUAUUCAGCAUCAAAACCUGAAGGUGUUGGAGAGAUUCAUAAAUGAGUCCAUGAGGUUCCACCCAGUGGUUGACUUUACAAUGAGAAAAGCUCUGGAAGAUGAUAACAUUGAUGGGAUCAUAAUAAAAAAAGGAACCAACAUCAUUCUCAACAUUGGUCUAAUGCAUAAAACUGAAUAUUUCUUGCACCCGAGUGACUUUUGCCUGGACAACUUUGAAAAAACGGUGCCUAACCGUUACUUUCAGCCUUUUGGUUGUGGACCCCGCUCAUGUGUAGGCAAACACAUCGCCAUGGUGAUGAUGAAGGCCAUCCUGGUCACUCUGUUGUCCCGUUACACAGUCUGUCCUCGAAAGGGCUGCACCAUCAACAGCAUUCGGCAAACCAACAACCUGUCGCAGCAGCCAGUGGAAGACGAGCAAAGCCUGGCCAUGAGAUUCAUCCCAAGACAAAGUGAAAACAAAAGUGAGAAGCUGCUGUCCUGCAAAGAUGGAUUCUCCAAUUAA